GGUGUUCAGACUCUACUACACCGUACAGCGACGCGCGGAAGAGAUAUUUUACUUGUUUUUUCGACGGAAAAGCGGAGUAGACCGACCAUGGCUGGACAAAACCGCGGACGCCCCCUUUCCUGCAUUCUUUUCGCUCUCCUCCUGACCGUGACGCCAGACGGUACCCGGGCGGCGGUGUGCCGUGUGUGUGAGGAGUCUGAGGCUACCUGCGACCCCGUCACAAGAACAUGUCAAUCAAACUGCAGCAGGACUAAAGUUUGUUCAGCUGACCAGAACUGCCUCGCGACCAUGUCUGAAUCCAGGGAAGGACGUUGGUUGUUGUACACCGGCUGCUUCGGUGCAGCGCCAUCAGGGCCGGCACCAGACCCGCAGUGCACCGCUGACUUUCUGAGAGGUGUGUACACCUGCACGUGCAGAGGCGACGACUGUAACAACCUCAUGGUCGUAGGUGGGAAACUGCCUUGGCCAGGUGAGACCCCUAGCGAUAUCUGGCAGUACGACAACACCAAUGAAGCUGCUAUCUUGCCCAACCAGCCAGAGUUCCCCAACCAUCCCCGGAACAUCCUGUCGGACAGAGCCGACAACGCCACAGAGAACAGGACCAGGACGGUGGAGACCGCGGUCCCAUGUGACACGGACAAGUCCUGCGGCGGCGGGAAGUACUGUGACCGGCACUACGGUGUGUGCAAACCCCGCGGCCGUCUGGGCGACCUGUGCCGCCGCGACGGCAACUGCCAGGGCGGCUACGACUGUAUGUUCGGCCGCUGCGAGAAGACCAUCCAAGCCGGGGAACAGGGUGCCCGGUGUAAGCACGACAAGGACUGCGGAGACAGCAUGUGCUGUGCGCGGCAGCACGGAGAGCGGAUCUGCAAGCGGCGCCUGGUUCUGGAUCAGAAGUGCUACGUCCCCGACGGAGGGCUGGACUACAGUCUGAACCAGAUGUGCCCGUGUGAGAAGGGACUCAUCUGUGGGGAGGUGCCGCCGCCACCGAGAGAGGAGGAGUUUAUCCUGUUUACGGACAACCAUCACAUGAGGUGCAAGGCUAUCGACGAGUGACGUCAUCAACCACGUCACCGCGCACCAAACUCGGAC